CCCAAAGCUUACUAGUUUAGAAUCAGGGUCAACGAUGCUGUUGAGGAUUAAUACAUCUGAACAUUUACACGAACAUGCUAGUCUACAGAGCCUUCAGGUUUUCUCAAUUUCUUCUAGUUUGACAAGGUAAAUGUGAGGAGAGCGUGCACAACUGAGGUUUCAAUGCAGAAGUCUUCAGCGCUCAUCGAAAUGGUCAGUCACUGUCAACCCCCAGCGUUUACAGAUUUCACGGGACUGACCCUCUCCAUGUACAGCAGUAAAUCGGAAAUGUGUGCAAGACGCGUCGGCAACGAUGGUUUUGGACUUCAAACGUGCCUGAGACCAAAUCAUUUGGGUCAGAUGCAGUAUCCUAGUCCAAAGCGACUCGUCGUGUCGGAGGAGCGCUACGGAACUCAAGAAAAAGCGCAUUUGACAGCAAAGGCUCCCCGCGUGGGCUUCUCCUUGCCACCGGGACAAGCAAACGGAGGCUGUAGCACCUACUGUUCUGAGAAGGACAUCACAGCUGACCUUGGGGGCAUCGAGAGCACCCUGAUGCGCUGUGGGCAAAGCAUGGUAGUGCCUGCAGGGGACCUGCCCGGGGGUCUCUACCACCACAGCCUGCACUGUGACAGACCCACACAGACCCUGCAUCUCCAGCAACAGCAAGAGGCCAGGUCCUCUGCUACUGCCUCCUUCCAUAGAUCCCUGGCCUCCCCAGAUGGGGUCUGCAGCAGCUCCAACGGGCCCAGAUCCUCACUCCCCUACCCCAUCAAACAGGAGACCUCCAUGGGCUACAAGAUCACCUCCGGACCGGGUGUUCCCAUCUCACCCCAGGCUGGCUUCCAGAGUGACAGAGGAGCCGCGGGGAUGAGGCGGGGGGAUGUGGAGGCUCCACAGCAUAGCGGCAACGUGGUCGUUGGCAGCUUAGGCAGCGCAGUGCCGGCGGACGCGGCGUACCCGUUUAAUAAUGAAGAUGGCUCCUCCCCACUGUCAUUGUCUCCCGGCGCUGGCUCCCGUCAUUCGGCGCGGUUGCUUCAUGCUAGCAGUCUGACGAGACGCUGCCUGUCCUUGGCCUCAGACUCCCCCGCUGCCUCAGCCGCCAUCACCGCCUCCUCCGCCUCCUCCUCCGCCACCUCCGCCACUGCCGAGGGGAUCGAUAUCACCGCCAUCAUCUGCUCCUCCCAGAUGUCCAUCGUGGCCUGCGUGAACGGGCUGCGGGCAAACACCUCUCCCAUCCAGCCUCGCAGCGCCAGCGCUGCCGGCUUCUCCUCCACCUCCGCUUCAUCCACCUACAAGGACAUCCUCUGCAAGCUCCCUACCCAGCCCCGGCCCCCACCUCACAGUCCCCAGCAGCAGGCUCCCUCACAGGAGAGCUGUCAACUUCCCUCGCCUUCCACCUGCCUGCUGUCCCUCUCCUCCUCUUCCUCCUCCUCCUCAUCCUCCUUAGUGUCGUCUGUGGAGCUGGAGCCGGGCCAGGGGCUGUGUGAGGAUCUGGGGUCGAUGCAGCAGGGGCCCAGGUGUGGAGAUGGUGAAGGGGGAGGAGAAUCUGAAGGAAUGGAGCAGAUCAUGAGCAGGGCCCUGAUGCAGCCUGGAGGAGGUUCCCUCUCGCAGGGCUGUCAGAGGGCAGGGGCGACUCUGAAACAAGAGCCCCUGGAUGACUUCUCUCCAAGCGAGGAGGAGCUCUUUCAGAACCACUACCACCAGCACCACCACCACCACCUAACGGGACACAACGGGUAUGUACGCGCUCAAACCCAGCACCCUGCCCCCCCUCGGCCCUCUAUGCCCCCACCCUACCACCUGCACCAAUAUGUGAGCCCUAACCAAGGUAGCCGGUUGCAUCUCCAGAGCCAGCCCACAGCCCCAUCUUCCUCCGUGCUUGCGGGACCUAAGGCCCCCUCCAUGUCAGGCCUCGGUGGCUCUCACUCAGCUCCAGAGAGAGAAGACGUCGGAGGGGGUCCACUGGGGGAAAAGCAGGUGUGCCGCUGGAUUGACUGUAGCGCUGCAUACGAGCAGCAGGAGGAACUGGUGAGGCACAUCGAGAAGGUGCACAUCGACCAGAGGAAAGGCGAGGACUUCACCUGCUUCUGGGCCGGCUGUAUCCGCCGCUACAAGCCCUUCAAUGCCCGCUACAAGCUGCUCAUCCACAUGAGGGUUCACUCUGGGGAGAAGCCCAACAAGUGUAUGUUUGAGGGCUGUAACAAGGCUUUUUCUCGUCUGGAGAACCUGAAGAUCCAUCUGCGCAGCCACACAGGAGAGAAGCCCUAUCUGUGCCAGCAUCCCGGCUGCCAGAAAGCUUUCAGCAACUCCAGCGACCGCGCCAAGCACCAACGCACUCACCUGGACACGAAACCAUAUGCAUGUCAGAUCCCGGGCUGCACCAAGCGAUACACAGAUCCCAGCUCCUUACGCAAACACGUCAAGAUCCACUCUGCCAAAGAGCAACAGGUGCGUAGGAAGUUAAGGCCUUGUCCCCACCUGGAGCAGGAUGUUUUGAGCGAAUGUCUGUCUGUGCAGCACCUCACAGGCUCUGCCUCCUCUCAGCACCUGCACUGCGCCCUCCCUUCGCAGCACUUGUUCAACGGAAAGGAUGGCUGUUCCCCAGGACUGAGCCAGGACAUCUUCACAGGCCUGUAUUCUGGCUCCAGCCCCCCCCAUCACAGUGCCUCAGUGGAGCUCCUUCCCCCCACCCCCACAUCUGUCUCUGCCCCAGAGCCUCUCCGUCAGCCCCGGCUUGAUCGGGACCUGACCAGCCCUCAUCAUCUAUCCCCGCUGUCCACCAUGGACAACACGCAAGAGGGGGUGUCAGGUCCUCUUCUCUCUCCAGGGACCAAGGGAACAGGCACUCCUACCUCUCCCCUAGAUAAGCAGCACAUUUCAGUCUCCCAGCAGCAUGGUCAUCACCACCACAAAACCUACUCUCACUAUCACCACCACCAGUCAGCCAACGAGGAUUAUCAGGGCAGUUUUCAGAGCUGCUUUUAUUUCGGCGACUCCUACAGAAUGGAGCAGUCUUUAAGUGGUGUCCAUGUACCAGGUGACUCUGCCUAUACUUCUCACCAACACAAUGGCUUCCACAUGUCCAGCAGCAGUGGCUCUUCUGCAGGCUUCAGCUGCCAGGCUUUGGCCCAAGAUCUUCAAGCCUCUGGAUGCCAGUUCUCCUCCAACCCAGACGAAAGCAUCUUUUUCCAGGUGGGCAGCUUUGAACGCAGCCUGAGCCACAUGCCCUCUGUCUACACUGAGACAUAGAGUUGUACAGGUCUGGGGCAGGGGCUUCAGUUGUAAAAUAACUGGAUACAAAGCCAUGAAGCACUCAUAUUCAUUUAUUUUUUUUAUGAAAGAAUGGAGACGGGAACACAAAUAUUUUAGAUACCACCAGUCAUCCAUCAUUCCACUAGUUAUUGUAGGAAUUUCUGAGGACUAUCAAAAGUCAUUUUUCAACAUCUUUAUGGCUAUUUAAUUGACCUGAUAAUCUACUGAGGAUGUGCAUAGAUAUCUCACUAAUCAUUCACAAGUAUCAAAAGAUGACAAACUUCAGCAGCCACCAUCCCUUUAUUCCCUUUCAUUAAAUGUUCAGUCUGCUAUAGACUGAAGUGUAGAAAAUAAUAUAUAUAUUUGCUGUGUUUUAUCUGUGAAAACAUACCUUUUUUAAAUUCUUAAAUCAUUGUUUGUGUUUUUGUUUGGUUUCUCACUCAGACAUAAGUGUGGAAGAAGGUGGAAAGUUUGAAAAAAAUCUGUAACAGUUAAUACUUUAUUAUGUAUAUAAACUGUACAGUUUGUUUAAGCAAUAAUAUGACUGUUAUUUUCAAGUUAAAAAUUAAAUGAUUUUACAAUUGUGUUCCGCGAGACUAUUGCAUGCCCUUGAUUUCAGCAGGCAAAAAAUGAAUAUAAUUGUAAAUUAAGAAACAUUUUUGCA